UAAGUUCACCUCUGUUGUGACGUCAUCGACGCAUGGCGGUGUGUCAAGUAAACAACCCUGCAGGGAAGUGUUUUCCGUGCAAUUUCUUGUAAAAUUUGUAUAAAAUCUUGGAAAAAUGCUGCCGAAUCCUGCUGCAGUGAAGCCCAAGGAAGGUGGUUCGAAGAAUGUCUUCUUCGACAAUGACGAUUUGGACUCAAUGGCCAAGCAUUUCAUCGGAAACAUGCAGAGAUAUCGAGAGAACGUGGUCAUUCCCAAGAACCUAGGCCCAGUGAAAAUCAUGACGAAUGAGGAAAAAAUGGUCCAAAAUGCUAUGGACAGCUGUACAUUUAAAUCUGUGAUGGCUUGUGUAAUGGGAUAUGGUCUGGGUGCUGCCAUUGGUCUCUUCAGUUCCUCCGUCAACCCCAAUAUCGCUACACCAGGUGUUCCUGAAAAGCAGCAAACAGCCCGUGAAAUCUUCCGGGAGAUGCGCACAACAACUCACGGCUAUGCCAAGAAUUUUGCCCUCAUCGGGGCUGUUUUCUCGGCUGUGGAGUGCACAAUUGAGUCCAGCCGUGGGAAAUCCGACUGGCGCAAUGGUACCUAUGCGGGCGCGAUAACAGGUGGCCUAAUCGGUGUACGAGCUGGCCUGAAGGCGGGAAUUGUUGGAGCUGCUGGCUUUGCGGCAUUCUCAACAGCUAUUGACUACUACAUGAGGCAUCGAUAGCCAGGGUCAAGUCAGCCAGGUUGCCUCCAAGCCCAUAAAACCUCAUUAGAAAUUAUUUAAUUUAGAUAGAAGCUCUUUGAAAGAAAAAUAAAAAAAAAUUGUUGCAAGAGAA